AUGCCAGUCCCUCAGCUCGCCAUGCGAAAAGAAUCAGUGUCUAUUUCGGUUGAGACCUUCAAUAUUUUCAUCGAAAUCGACGGCCAUGGGCCUUUCAUUAUCAUGACCCAUGGCUUGGGUGCCAACUCCAACGUUUUCCAAACACUCGUUGAUGUGUUAUCUAGCCGCUACACCACGGUGCGGAUCGACUGGCCCGGGCAUGGCCACAGUAGCCUGUCCAGAUCUGAUAGGAAGGUCACGGUAGCAUCGUUGGCCAACAUCAUCAGGGGCACAAUGGCCUUUGUUGGGUGCGACAAGGCCGUUCUCGUCGGGCACAGUGCUGGUGGCAUUGCCAGCAUGAUCUUAGCAGCAGAGGAGCCCCACCGUGUAAGCGCCCUAGCCGUCAUGGGCGCGGGCCGCACAAGGGCAAACCAGCCCAGUGUAAGAACUGCGACUUUGGCCCUUGCGCAAGAAGUCAGGGCCAGAGGCAUCACGGCGAGUGGAUUUCUCGAUAGCCGCGUGGCACAUAACAUUCCGACAUCAAGCCCUGCUUUGUCGCGCGUUGUUUUGCGGGCUAUGACGGGAACCACAAAUCCCGAGGGCUACGCGCAGAUGUGUGAAGCCCUCUGUGACGACUCCCACGCUGAUCCUGACUACUCGCGCAUUAGAUGCCCCACAUGUGUGAUUGGGGGGGUUCAUGAUACCAUAUCGCCGUUGGGUGUGACUGAUGAGCUGGUCGGCUUGAUUGCGGCCAGUGGAACGAGGCCUCAAUGUUAUAAAUUGAACACGGGGCAUAUGAUGACGCUAGAGGAUGGUCAAGGGACAGCAGAUGCUAUUAAACAGCUGCUACAGAUAGCAGGGGUUUAA